AUGAAAGAAUUGUUCAAAGCACAAUUGAAGCUGCAAAGCUACAUUUGCAAUUUUUAUACUAAUACCGUUGAAAAGGCCACAUUAGAAAGUCGGACUGUUAGUUAUUAUAAAGCUCGACUAGAGUUGAUAGCUAGUUACUGGGCCAAAUACACUGCAAAUCACGAUAAGUUGAUCAUUGAGGAAGAUGCUAACGCGGAACUUGCCUACUUCAAAGACGAUUUUUAUACGACUUGCGAAGCUGAAUUUGCAAUCGCAAUGGGUCGGAUACGCGAUAAGAUUACCGAACUCCAACCUCCCGCGCCGAGUCAAGAUUUGCCAGCACCGACUUCAAUAGUGCAGAAUAUCACUAAUUCUGCGCCUCACGUUGCACUUCCUCCUAUUGCAUUGCCCACGUUUUCCGGUAAGCAGGGUGAAUGGGAAAGCUUUAAGCAGCGAUUUUGUUCUCUUGUAAAAGACAAAUCAAAUAUCUCCCGAGUAGAAAAAUUGCAGCAUUUAUUAAAUGCAGUACAUGGUCAAGCUGCACAUCGUCUCAAAGGUCUUGACGUUAUCGACGCGAAUUUUGAUGUUGCUUGGGAAAAACUUGUGCGCCGUUAUGACAACCCACGUAUCCGACUCUUUUCAACACUCGAAAGCUUGCUUCAGUUAUCUUCAAACAAAGCUCGCAGCGCACAAGACCUUAAUGAGUUAAUCGAUACUACCGAAGAAUCUGUUCGAGCUCUUCGCGACUUAAACUGCCCAGUCGAACAUUACGACAAUUGGAUUGUUCACUGUGUUGUCCGUAAGCUCGAUGCUGGCUCUCGCGAAGCUUGGGAAGCGUCCCAGUCGAACGUGGACGGUUUUUCAACAUUUAAGGCGUUAAUCAAUUUUUUGGAGAAGCGUAUUCAAACGCUAGAACAAGCGCAUUCUUAUGUAGACAAAUGUGAGUCUUCAAGCAAGCAAUCAAGUAACUCGACACCUCGCAAAUCGAAUAAAGUUACCGUGAAUAACGCGCAAACGGUGGAUCAAUCUGAACCUAAAUCGAGUCCCUUGUGUGACUUAUGCAAAGGUCCUCAUUGGUUACAUCGUUGUAGCCAUUUUAAUGCAAAGUCGCAGUCUCAGCGUUUGGAUUUUUGUAAGGGUUCGAAGCUUUGUCUCAAUUGUUUAAGAAAAGGACAUAAGGCCUCUAAAUGUCCGUCAUCUAACCGUUGUUUCAAAUGUCAACUCGCGCAUCAUACGAAAUUGCACUCAGAAGACAAUUCACAGAACAAAGGCUCAGGCUAUCGGAUAGGUAAUUCGUUCGCUGAUAACGGGUCCCAGCCUACCGGUACCUCUGCAAACUCUGACGAAUCGUACAGUCAUGUCGCAUCACACAGUGCGUCGGUUGGAGCCUCAGUGCUUCUUGCUACGGCUAAAAUCUUGAUAUCAAACGCGUUAGGUAAGAAGCUGACUGUUCGGGCCCUGAUCGAUCCUUGUGCCGAACGAUGCUUUAUAUCGCAACGGGUAGUGCAACAGCUUAAGCUUGAUUCGGAAAAGACUUCAAUCUCGGUGAUAGGCGUCGGUUCCGAAAAGACAUCAACUUGCAAGACCAUAGCUCACGGUAUUUUACAAUCAAGUACCGACAAAAGCUUCGCUAUGGGUUUUUCCGCGCUUGUGCUAAAUGAACUAACUCGUUGUCUGCCCAAAGACAGGGUCGUGUCAGGGAAUUGGCCCCAUCUUCGUGGUUUAAUUCUAGCAGACCCUCAAUUUUCGGAACCCGCGAAGGUUGAUUGCAUACUUGGUGCAGACAUAUACCCUAUCCUUAUGCUUGAAGGCAUGCGUAGAGGACCAAUGGGUACUCCGUGUGCUCAGCAGUCUGUCUUCGGCUGGCUGCUUACCGGAGCCAUUUCACCCAUCAACACUUACAACCAAAAGCCAGUUCGUGUAUUUCAUUUAACGACUGAGCCCUCGCUUUCACAGCAACUCACGCAGUUCUGGGAGAUCGAAGAAAUUCCGCGCAAGGCACUUUUGACUCCUGACGAACAGCGUUGUGAACAACACUUUGUCGACACACAUUAUCGCGAACAGAACGGACGCUUUGUAGUCCGAUUGCCUUUCGCAAAGCAACCCAAGUUUUCCGGUUCACGAGAUGUCGCGGCUGCAUGUUUGCGUAGAUCUGAGAAGCGAUUGCAGCGUGAUAUGCAACUCGCCGAGCGUUAUCAAGCCUUCAUGCUUGAAUACCUGGAGUUAAAUCACAUGGAGCCCGUUCCUUCUCAUCAGGUGCUCAAUCCUGGAUUUUAUUUGCCUCACCAUGCGGUGGUGAGACCUGAAAACCCUGCGAAAAUACGCGUAGUCUUCAACGCAUCGCAGAAAUCGCAAAAUGGUCUAUCACUAAAUGAUAUGCUUUUGUCAGGACCUAAGCUUCAAGCAGACAUCUCAAUAGUUUUAUCUCUUUGGCGUCGAUUUAGAUUCGCCUUUACUACUGAUGUUAUUAAGAUGUUUCGCCAGAUAAAGGUUCAUCAGGAUGACGCUGACUGGCAACGAAUACUUUGGCGAGACAACACUAGCAAGCCAAUUCAGGAUUACAGAUGCAUCACGGUGACGUACGGUACUUCGUCUGCUCCCUUUCUGGCUCUUCGGGUUAUGAAGCAAAUUGCAACUGACGGUUCACUGGACUAUCCGGAAGGUGCUUCAAUUCUUCGUCAUACACUUUACGUUGACGACCUCUUCGGCGGAGCGGACACUAUCAAUGAAGCCGUACGCCGCCGCGAGCAACUGAUCAAUCUUCUGGGAUCAGCAGGCAUGGUCCUGGAUAAGUGGGCAGCAAAUUCCUUGGAUCUGCUAGCAGGUUUGAAUUCAUCUUCUGCAACUGAAGUUGAAUUGAAUCAAAACGAGGUAAAAUCUACCCUUGGUAUUAAAUGGCUUCCAAAGGACGAUGUUUUUUCGUUCACAGCAACAGUAACUCAAGCGACUUGCGUUACCAAAAGGUCGAUAUUGUCUGAAGUCGCUCGAUUAUUUGAUCCUCUAGGUUGGUUGGCGCCCAUGAUUAUCGUGGCCAAAGUAAUCAUGCAAGAUCUUUGGCUGGACCACAUCGACUGGGAUACGCCUGUUCCUGAUCAACUUCAUUCCCGCUGGUUUGAAUUCCAAGCUGGACUCGCAGAAAUACCGAGGAUCCGGAUUCCACGAUGGCUUAACACCCUGGAAAGUGAUGACUGGCAACUGCACGGAUUUGCCGACGCUUCGCAGAGAGCGUAUGCAGCUGCUCUAUACGUAGUCAUUCCAGGACGCCAACCCAUGCUGCUCACGGCAAAAACAAAGGUCGCCCCCACAAAGGUCCAAUCAUUGCCACGGCUCGAAUUGUGUGGGGCCACAUUACUAGCUCGGUUGAUUUCACACACUUUGGACGCAAGUCAACAACCACCAGCAUCAAUUCACUGUUGGUCGGAUUCACGAGUCGUGUUGGAAUGGUUGAAAGGACACCCAUCCAAGUGGCAAACAUUCAUUGCCAAUCGUACUAGCGAGAUAAUUACAAGCUUACCAACAGCGACUUGGAGACACGUCAGAUCUGCAGACAACGCUGCUGAUUGCGCUUCAAGAGGUGUCUCAACGGCUGAUCUUGCUGAGCACAAGCUUUGGUGGCAUGGACCUGAUUGGCUGUCCAUGCCUGAAUCUACUUGGCCAACCAACAUGCCACUUAGUGCUCAGACAGUUGAGGAUGCGCAUGCCCUCGCUGCAUUAGAAGAAAGCACCGACGAAGGCGUCCCUACAGGCCCUGGAUGCAACUGCUUAUCAACGCUGCAGAAGUUUUCACGAUUCAGUAAGAUCCUGCGCAUUUUAGCUUACUGCAGCUCGUGGCGUCUGAAAGCCCUUAAUAAAAGUCAGUCCCACAAAAGGCUGAGUUAUCAAGACUGGACUCUAGCUCGAAUCUUUUGCUACCGUGCAGUUCAAAAUCAACAUUACAAGCAGGAGCUUAAGCAACUACAGGCCGGCGAGCAGCUCUCCAAGCGGAGCCCACUUGCUCGACUCAAUCCAUUCAUCUGUGCUCACGGAUUAAUUCGAAUUGGAGGUCGGUUACAACAUUCACCGAUUUCUUACAACGAGAUGCACCCAAUCGUGCUGCCCGGAGGAUGCAUCAUUGUUAAGAGGCUCGUCGAGGAAGUGCAUCACAUCACAUUGCACGGAGGGGUGCAAUUGAUGCUAUCUCACAUAUAUAGAUCUCUUUGGAUCACACGCGGACACGCAGUAGCUACAGGAGUCUUUAGACGAUGCAUACAAUGCACACGCUAUAGUCGGCGAAGUCCAAAACAGCUGAUGGGUUCUCUGCCAGCCCAGAGAACUACUCCAACACGAGCCUUUACCGUCACUGGACUGGACUACGCAGCGUUCGAUCGAUUUUGUUCACGUCGAGGAGUUUGUCAAAAACUGUAUUUGGAUAACGCCACCACCUUUACAAGCGCUGGAAGGGAACUGCAAGCGCUUUUCGCCAAAGCCUCACCAUUCAUGGACAGUGUGACGCCGACUCUAGCAGCCCGAGGUACGGAGUGGUCAUUUAUUCCACCACGGGCUCCACACUUCGGAGGGCUAUGGGAAGCAGCGGUGCGCAGCUUUAAGCACCACUUCCGCCGAGUAGUUGGCGAUCUCACCCUCACGUUUGAAGAGCUGUCCACAUUGGCUGCAAAGGUCGAGGCCUGCCUCAACUCUCGGCCUCUGUGUCCGUUGAGCGUCAACCCCACUGACGCCGUGGCACUCACUCCGGCUCAUUUUUUGAUGGGAACUUCUCUGCUGGCCCAUCCGGAGCCGUUUAAUGAGGAAAGUCAGCCCAUCUCCUUCAACAACCGCUGGAGACUGUUGACCAACCUGCGCAACUCCUUCUGGCGGCGAUGGCAGAAGGAGGUGCUCCAUCAAAUGCAACGUCGCAACAAAUGGUUGAAUGUUUGCCCCAAUUUGACAACAGGCGACGUUGUGCUAUUGACAGAUGAGCUCACCCCACCUACCCAGUGGCGUAUUGGACUGAUAGUCGAAACACAUCCAGGCACAGACGGGCUAGUGAGGACGGUCACUGUCAGAACUGCCAGUUCAACCUUCAAACGACCAGUGGUGAAACUGGUUAAGUUGCCAACCGAGCCAGAACUCUUAACGAUUCACAAUCAGAUCAAAACGCGCUCGCAAGCUUUACAUUUUAAANGUGUUGUCCGUAAGCUCGAUGCUGGCUCUCGCGAAGCUUGGGAAGCGUCCCAGUCGAACGUGGACGGUUUUUCAACAUUUAAGGCGUUAAUCAAUUUUUUGGAGAAGCGUAUUCAAACGCUAGAACAAGCGCAUUCUUAUGUAGACAAAUGUAAGAAGCUGACUGUUCGGGCCCUGAUCGAUCCUUGUGCCGAACGAUGCUUUAUAUCGCAACGGGUAGUGCAACAGCUUAAGCUUGAUUCGGAAAAGACUUCAAUCUCGGUGAUAGGCGUCGGUUCCGAAAAGACAUCAACUUGCAAGACCAUAGCUCACGGUAUUUUACAAUCAAGUACCGACAAAAGCUUCGGUAUGGGUUUUUCCGCGCUUGUGCUAAAUGAACUAACUCGUUGUCUGCCCAAAGACAGGGUUGAUUGCAUACUUGGUGCAGACAUAUACCCUAUCCUUAUGCUUGAAGGCAUGCGUAGAGGACCAAUGGGUACUCCGUGUGCUCAGCAGUCUGUCUUCGGCUUGCUGCUUACCGGAGCCAUUUCACCCAUCAACACUUACAACCAAAAGCCAGUUCGUGCAUUUCAUUUAACGACUGAGCCCUCGCUUUCACAGCAACUCACGCAGUUCUGGGAGAUCGAAGAAAUUUCGCGCAAGGCACUUUUGACUCCUGACGAACAGCGUUGUGAACAACACUUUAUGUCGCGGCUGCAUGUUUUGCGUAGAUCUGAGAAGCGAUUGCAGCGUGAUAUGCAACUCGCCGAGCGUUAUCAAGCCUUCAUGCUUGAAUACCUGGAGUUAAAUCACAUGGAGCCCGUUCCUUCUCAUCAGGUGCUCAAUCCUGGAUUUUAUUUGCCUCACCAUGCGGUGGUGAGACCUGAAAACCCUGCGAAAAUACGCGUAGUCUUCAACGCAUCGCAGAAAUCGCAAAAUGGUCUAUCACUAAAUGAUAUGCUUUUGUCAGGACCUAAGCUUCAAGCAGACAUCUCAAUAGUUUUAUCUCUUUGGCGUCGAUUUAGAUUCGCCUUUACUACUGAUGUUAUUAAGAUGUUUCGCAAGAUAAAGGUUCAUCAGGAUGACGCUGACUGGCAACGAAUACUUUGGCGAGACAACACUAGCAAGCCAAUUCAGGAUUACAGAUGCGUCACGGUGACGUACGGUACUUCGUCUGCUCCCUUUCUGGCUCUUCGGGUUAUGAAGCAAAUUGCAACUGACGGUUCACUGGACUAA